AUGGCGCCACCGAAGACGGCGAGGAAGCUCCAGGUGCUCUCGCCGGUGCCGGCAGACAUAGACAUUGCGAACGCCGUCGAGCCCCUGCACAUCUCCGAGAUCGCCGCCUCCCUCGACCUCAGCCCCAGCCACUACGACCUAUAUGGAAAGUACAAGGCCAAGGUCCUCUCCCUCUCUAUUUCUCUCUCUAGGCGUCUCUUCCUGUCCCGUUUUCUCGAUUUUAGGGUUUCGAUCACUCGAGUCGACUGGUUUUGUCAGGUGUUACUCUCUGUGUUUGAUGAGCUCCAAGGAUCGGCCGAUGGGUACUAUGUGGUUGUCGGGGGGAUCACCCCGACGCCGCUUGGAGAAGGGAAGUCUACCACUACCGUGGGUCUCUGCCAGGCUCUAGGGGCCUUUCUCGAUAAGAAGGUAUGUUCCUUCGGCUCACCUCUUGCCUCUCAUGAUUAAGAUGGGGUGGGAUCUCCAAUGAUUCAUCGCCGAUGUUAGGGAAUUCGCGAAUCCUUUGUAUGGCUCUCAUUCGAUCUGCUCCGAUUCGUUCCCCAGAUCCUGAUCCGACAAAUAAGUCGACAAGUUUUUCUGGAUCACAAUCCUGUUUCUCUUUCAUUUUAGGUCACCGAUUCCUGAUCCCGAAAGAGAAAAGGUUAUCCGAGAAGGUCUGAGAUGCGUCGUGAUUACCAAUUUCGCUCUCAUAUCUUCAACGCUCGGCAAUCCUCCCCAGAAAUUUUACUCUGUGUGAUCAUUAACACCAUGAUUAUGUUACUUCACAUAUAAAAAGCUGCAUACUUCUUCCUCAGGUUGUCACAUGUCUUCGUCAACCUUCCCAAGGACCAACGUUCGGGAUCAAAGGAGGUGCUGCAGGUGGCGGCUACAGUCAAGUGAUCCCCAUGGACGAGUUCAAUCUUCACCUUACUGGAGAUAUCCAUGCUAUCACUGCCGCAAACAACCUUCUGGCUGCAGCAAUUGACACGCGAAUCUUUCACGAGGCUUCCCAAUCCGACAAGGCUCUGUUCAACAGGCUGUGCCCUCCCAACAAAGAAGGUAAACGAAGAUUUGCUGAUGUCAUGUUGCGGCGGCUCCAGAAACUCGGCAUAUCGAAGAGCGACCCCGAUGAGCUCACCCCAGAUGAGAUCAAGAAGUUUGCCCGACUUGACAUAGAUCCAGACUCCAUCACCUGGAGAAGAGUGAUGGAUGUCAACGAUCGUUUCCUGAGGAAGAUAACCAUCGGCCAGGGCCCGGAAGAAAAGGGGAUGACCCGAGAGACUGGAUUUGAUAUCUCUGUGGCCAGUGAGAUUAUGGCAGUUCUUGCUCUCACCACUUCCCUUGCAGACAUGAGAGAAAGGCUCGGGAGAAUGGUUAUAGGGAACAGCAAGUCCGGUGAGCCGAUCACUGCGGAUGAUCUUGGCCUGGGAGGGGCCUUAACAGUUCUCAUGAAGGAUGCCAUCAACCCCACCCUCAUGCAAACCCUCGAGGGAACGCCUGUUCUUGUCCAUGCAGGGCCCUUUGCUAAUAUAGCUCACGGGAACUCUUCCAUUGUUGCGGACAAGAUCGCCCUCAAGCUGGUUGGACCAGGCGGGUUUGUAGUCACAGAGGCGGGCUUUGGUGCAGAUAUUGGUGCAGAGAAGUUCAUGAACAUUAAGUGUAGGUACAGUGCUCUGGUGCCUCAGUGUGCAGUGAUCGUUGCAACCAUUAGAGCUCUGAAAAUGCAUGGAGGAGGGCCCGAGGUUGUGGCAGGAAGACCCUUGGACCAUGCCUACCUAUCUGAGAACGUUGCCCUCGUUGAAGCAGGAUGUGUCAAUCUGGCCAGGCACAUCUCCAACACCCGAGCUUAUGGGGUCAACGUUGUUGUGGCAGUCAACAUGUUCGCAUCGGAUUCCGAGUCGGAGUUGAAUGUAGUGAGAAGUGCUUCAUUGGCUGCUGGUGCCUUUGAUGCGGUCAUCUGCACUCAUCAUGCCCACGGAGGAAAGGGAGCGGUCAGUAGAAGUCUGAUUAACCUUUCAUUAUUAUGAUUGGAGAUGGUAGCGAAUGGAAGUGAAGCGAUCUCACUCCCUCUGAAUUUCUGCAGGUUGACCUUGGCAUCGCUGUUCAAAAGGCAUGUGAAAGUCAAACAGAGCCCUUGAGGUUUCUAUACCCUCUCGACAUUUGUAUCAAGGAGAAGAUAGAGGCCAUUGCAAAGUCCUAUGGAGCCAGCGGGGUUGAGUACUCAGAACAGGUAGCUCUUCUCUCUCUUCAACUUUACCUGAUUGAAGCUCUACUCAAUUGGGAAAAGAUGAACUCAUUCAUUGACUUUCUUUUCUUUUCCUUUUGGGGUAAGUGAGUUGACAUCAGCUCUCUCCUUGUGCUAGGCCGAGAAGAAGAUCGAGAUGUACACCCGACAAGGUUUCUCAGAUCUCCCGAUCUGCAUGGCGAAGACCCAGUACUCCUUCUCCCACGUGCCUUCCCAGAAGGGAGCUCCCUCUGGUUUCGUCCUGCCCAUCAGAGAUGUGAGGGCCAGCAUCGGAGCUGGCUUCAUCUACCCGCUGGUCGGCACCAUGAGCACCAUGCCGGGCCUCCCCACACGACCCUGCUUCUUCGACAUCGACAUUGACUUCUCCACCGGCAAAGUUCUUGGCCUCUCAUGA